AUGACGCUAGAAAUGGGGUCACAAAAAAAGAAAGGACCUAGGACAAAUAUAGUGAAGAGUUCAUUUAUACCACCGGGUGCAUUAAGAAGGGCAAGGGGACAUGGACAUCAAUCAAGAUCAUUUUUACCUAUGACAUCCACACAAAGUCAAACUGCAUCAAUUGCACGUUGUUCGUUAGAGCCACAUAAUGACAUCUCUCUUUUUCAAGAUGUUGAUCAUAGGGAAGAAGAUGGUGGAGUACAGGAACAAAUACCUGAACAAGUGCAUGAAGAUUUUGAUACUGCAGAAUGUAAUACAACAAGGCAACAUCAAAGUAAUAAUAAUCCAGCUCAGGAAGAAACACAAGAAGGUAUUUCCACUAUACAAAAGAAGAGAAAAACAAGAGGAAUGAACAAGGGUAAAAAGAUUGCAGCACUUAAGAAUGGAGAGAAACUGGAUGUGGUUUUUUAUAAUAAUCGAGUUGUUGGAGAAAAUCAUGCAGAAUGGUCAAGACAUUUGGGCAAAAUAGUGCGUGACCCAAAUAUUUGUCCAAUAAGAGUGCACUCAUGGAAGCAAAUUGGAGAAGAUGCAAAAGAUCAUAUGUGGGAUUCAGUCAAGGGGAUUUGA